CGGCAAUUAUUUUUCCAUUUAAUGCGCAGUUUCCAGACACCAAGUUUCCCGGUUUUAUCUUCUCCUCUCUCUCCCUCUCUCUCAUCUAACUCUCUCAUCACUCAUCGUCCUUGUUUUCUCCCUCCAUUUUCAAACCUUCCGCACUUCUCUCUCUUAAAAAUUCAAACCCCUAACUGUCACUUUUUCUCCCUAAUCCCUGAAAAAAAGCCCUAGCUUUUUGCAGCCUAAAAUGGCGUCAUCCAAGGUGAUGCCGUCGACCUCCAAUUCUACAAAUUCGGAUCUCAAUUCUCUCUCUUCUCAUCAUCAUCACCAUCAUCGUCAUCAUCGUCAUCAUCAUCAUCAUCGUAAUCAUCCUCCCUCUUCUUCUCAAAUGAUCUCCGAUUUCACCUCUACAAAUUCCGAUCUUCAACAGCGGAUGAACAUCGACGGAAUUCUGCGCGACGUCGUUUACGCUGAAAAUGCGGCGGAAUCGGGGCCGAAUACCUUGCUUGAUGCUGAGAUUACCCUAAUUGAUGCGGCAGGUGCGAUUUCCGCUAUCGGAAAUGGCGAGGAUGCGGAAAUUCAUCGCAGCAGAAAGACGGCGGAGGAGGUUUGGAGAGAGAUUGUAUCGGGGAAGAAUGAGAGGAAAGAGUGUAAGGUGGAGGCGCCGGACGAGAUGAUGACUUUGGAGGAUUUUCUGGCGAAGGCGGGUGCGGGGAUGGAGGGAGAAGAGGAGGAAGAGGAGGAUGUUAAGUUUGAGGUUUCAGGGGGUAUGCAGAUGAGUGGAGGUUUGUUUGCAUUUGAUCAUCCUUUGGCUCAGAGUUCGUAUCCGCAGCCGCCUCCCAUGCCGGCUGCGAUGGGAGGUGUGAUGGUGUAUGGGGAUGGUGGUAGUGGUAGUGGUGGUGGUAUUGCAGCAGGAGGAGGAGGGAGUAUGGAGGUGUUGGGAGGUGUGAGAGGGAAGAGAAGAGGUGGGCCAAUACUUGAGCCCUUGGAUAAGGCAGCUCAGCAGAGGCAAAGAAGGAUGAUCAAGAAUCGAGAGUCUGCUGCUCGGUCUAGGGAGCGCAAACAGGCAUAUCAAGUUGAAUUGGAAACAUUGGCUAUGAAGUUGGAGAAGGAGAAUGAAGAGCUAUUGAGAGAAAAGGUAAGAUCUUCAACAUGCCUUCAUCUUGGCAAAAGAAGGGGACGAGGAUUUGGGUGGCAGCGCGAACAAAGGAAAGGUUUAAGCAGCUCAUGGAAAAAGUGGUUCCAGUUGUGAAGAAAAAACCACCUCAUGUUCUGAGGAGAGUUCGCUCAAUGCAGUGGUAGAGGCUAGUAACUUAAUGUUGUAUUAAAUGGUCGAGAGUAGCCUCAUCAAAGAAAUCUUGUUUGUGAGUGAGAACAUAUUGAGUUGCAUCAAUUGCAUUGCGCACCCAUUUUUGAUGUGGAAAGAAUGUUGUCUAUGGAAAAGCAAUUCGGCGAGUGGAGAUGUGCAAGUUCCUUUAGGUAUAUGUUCUAGCAAUACAAGCAUCCCUGGUUUAGUAUUAGUAACUCCUAAAAGAAUAUAGAUCAACAAAUGUCAAUUGUGGUUGGCUGCUGUUAGCUGAAUCAUCUUGGUUUAGUUAAUUCGCGUCUGUAAAUUUUGGUGUGGUAUUUAUGUGCAGUUGAAUCUCUUUUUGGUUCGGUACCUGAAA